AUCUGGCUGAGCCCUACGAUAUUAAGAAUCUGGCAGAACCGACGUAUGAUUCCCGCUGGAUUCGCAUCAACUGGGUGUUUGGACGGCCAAGACUCGGUGAGAUUACAGAUAACCAAAAGGAGCAACGGCAGCCCUUCAUCUGGGCGUGACAUGAGACGAGCCCACCGCGCCGGCGGUCCAGGCACAACACCCUUGAACUUCGAAUUACAGACAGGGUGUCUGAGUUAGGGGCUUUCGUCUUUAUGCGGGGCUUUAGGGUUUAGGAUCAUACAGAACGCUGAGAAUCAAGUGUUGGAUAAAGGUUAUGUGUGGGUGUGAUGCGAUUUCCGCGGCGAUUGAGUAAUUGGGAGAGACGAGUAGGGGAGGGGGCGGGAUUUCGUCUCUAGUGUCAGUAUUGUUAUGGAUUCGAGGAAGGGCUCGGGGAGUCGAGGUGGGGUGCGUGUGAGGACAUCUGCGUUUGGAAGUCUUUCGUCGGUUGCAGUUGUUGAGAAGAAAGGUGGCGACAUGGGGCACGGAUUUGGGGAAGAGAGUGAGAAGAGCGGGGCGAUUUUUGAGAGUGAAACGGAGUCGGUGCGUCCCGUGUGGAUUGAAGUUGCUGAUAAGGUCCGGCGUGAGUAUGGAUUUGGGAGUGGUGCGCAACCAGCUAAGUUUUUGCAGGUCAAAGUUUUGAAAGAAACCAGGCCACCUGUGCAGAUAGCUGUGGACAGUUUUCUUAGUCGUUUUUUUCCCCUCGGAUACCCCAACAGUGUGGCAGAGGGUUAUCUCGACUACUCUAAGUAUCGAGCUGUGCAGCAUUUCGCAAGUGCAGUUAUGCAUGUACUUUCCACUCAGUCGCUACUCUUUGCUGCAGGUCUUCGGCCAACUCCUGCACAGGCCACGAUCGUUAGCUGGGUCUUGAAGGAUGGAAUGCAACAUGUUGGGAAAUUGUUAUGCAGCAGAAUGGGCGCACGGAUGGACUCCGAACCAAAACGCUGGCGCAUUUUCGCUGAUUUCAUGUAUGACGUUGGCGCAGGGCUGGAGGUGAUAUCACCUUUGUGUCCACAACAUUUUCUUCCUGUUGCGGGCAUGGCAAACCUUGCGAAGGGCAUGGCGCUUGUUUCUGCUAGAGCAACUCGGCUGCCUGUUUACUCGUCUUUUGUUAAAGAGGGCAACCUGAGUGAUCUCUAUGCCAAGGGCGAAGCGAUAUCAACACUUUCUAAUGUGCUUGGUCUUGGUGUUGGCAUCCACUUAGCAUCAAAUUUCGCUUCAACCAUUCAAGGAAAGCUAAUAUGGGCGCCAAUAUUGUCAGCUAUUCAUUUAUAUUGUGUACAACAAGAGAUGCGAGCAGCUCCCAUCAAUACGUUGAACUCUCAGCGGACAGCGAUGCUGGUCGCAGAUUUUGUCAAGACUGGGAGCGUCUCUAGCCCUGCUGAGUUAAGAUACAGGGAGCGUUUGAUUCUACCAGUCGGCCUGGAAAAGGAUGCUGGAAAUGUACGGGUUGGUGCUCCACUGCAGAGUGGUAUUGGUAAGCCUUCAGUUAUGGCUGAAUUGAAGGAGAAGUUCCAGGGGGAGCAAUUUCUUCUCCACUUCGGAGAGCAGGCAACGGACAUGGUUUUACACCAGAAAGCAUCCGGAGAAGAUGCUGUUCGGGGGUGGCUACUGGCUACUCAUGUUUCUAGAUUAUGCAAGGGCAGAAAAUUCCAGGAUGUGGAUGUGUAUGGGAAGAUAUUAGAGAAAGCAUAUGAUGAAACAGAAAGAUGUCUUCCAGCUUUCAUAUCUGGACUGAAAGACCAUGGUUGGCAUUCUCAUCUUUUCUUGGAAGGCUCCGGAGUCCGAGCUGUUUGGUGAUAGACUUACGAGGCACAAUAGUUUUUACCGGUUAGGUAGGUCAUUUUUUCAAUUUUUACGAACAUGUGUAAUUCUAAAAUUUUGACAAUCAAACGAUGUUUUUAAGGUUUAAAUUUUC